AUGGCUAUGACAUGUCUUUGUUACCCGGAUGGCUAUGACAUGUCUUUGUUACCCGGAUCAACAACGACUGAUUGUGUCAAACAUCAACUGAGACCUGCCCACCAGUACGAUCCAUUCACCACGUCUCCAGAAGCCACAGCCGGAGAAUGGAUGCAUAAUCUAGAAUUGAUGCAUCACUAUACUGCUCAUGCUCACAUGACAAUGCCCGGACUGCAAGCCGCAAAACAGAUUUGGGGCUUCGCGGUACCACAAGAGGGCUUCAAGCAUCCGCAUCUUAUGCACGUUAUUCUAUCUUUCUCGGCCAAUCAUCUUGCUUAUAUAAACUUGUCGAGGGCUUCUUACUAUCGUGUUCUUGCCUCGACUCACCAGUCAGCAGCCCUCACAGGUCUGAACCGAACUCUCGCAGACCUUGGGCCAGCCAACUGCCAUGCGUUGUUCGCAUCGGCUUCACUGACCAUCAUGAACGCUUUUGCAGACGCUCGAACCUACUCUCUUGAGAUUUUGAUUGAGAUCCUCCAGCUACUCCGCGGGAUGUCCUUCGUUCUCAACACCGCCGUGCCCUGGAUUGAGAAUGGGCCCUUCGACGCAAUCAUCCGGUGA